GUCGCUGCUCUACAACCCAACAAUAACAAGUUAUCAUGGGGGGUCUCUGCCUCAAGGAAGUUUUCGCCUGUUUUUUCCUUUCUUUCCUUUACGUCGGUAGUUUAUAUGUCUGGACUGCUACUCAGGGAAGAGACCAUCCAUCAACAAUUAAAAAACGAUGCAUCAGUGUCUUCCUCAUGACCAUAGUGUCUCCAUUUUUUGUCAUAUGGUUUGGCAGUGAAGAUUCAGAGGAGGUAACACUCUGGUCACAAAUGGGACUAAGAUGGGAGGGACUGAUCCCAGCAUUAGUGUUGCCAAUGAUUCUCACAUUUAUAUUGUUUCUGGGACCCCUUGUGCAGUCCCAUCUCACGGUACCUGUCACUUACACCCUUCACAUGUACUUGGACCCUCUGUAUUGGUACAACACAGUACAAAAUCCAAUCUGGUGGCGAAAUCAAGUCGUUGCUCCUUUUUCCGAGGAGUUUACCUUCCGUGCCUGCAUGCUGCCUAUCCUCCUGCAGUGUGUGUCUCCUGGGACAGCCAUCUUCAUUGCUCCAUUGUUCUUUGGAGUGGCCCAUCUCCAUCAUGCAGUUGACCGUCUGCGAGUGGGAAUUGAUCUACAAGCUGUGGUUCUCAUAUCCAGUUUUCAGUUUCUCUAUACGUCGGUAUUUGGGUUUUAUUCAGCAUUUCUCUUUAUAAGAACAGCCUCUCCUCACUUAGCGACGUACUCGUUUACCGACAACUUGGACUUACGAUAG